AUGCACUGCAGGUGGUGUUGGGGAUGCCUGGCUGGGUUGUUUAUGCUUCAGGUCGUUUUGUUGUGGUGGUGGCUCCCUGCUGCUUCCGUCGCUCCUCCUUCCAUUGCUCAGCCACAGCCAGCACUCUCCAAGGAAUGCCACGCAGCGCUCACAGCACUCGAAACCACCAAAGGAGAGCUCUUCUACCGGGUGGCUACGGCACGUCUCAUGGUGGCAGACUACGCUCGCCUCCGGCGCGACUUCCUUCGCCUGCAUAGCAUGAGUGACGAAGCCAUUGAUGCAUGGCUGCUUGACGAGGUCGCCUUCCUUUCCUCAAACCACUUUGCUCAUGAGUAUCAAGAUCCACCGCCAGGGGGAGCACAGAAGGGAUCCGGCCCGUACAGGAGGAAGGUGCACACGGCCCCACAGCGUGCGAUAGACAAGCAAGGUGUGCCCAUUGCAAGGAACCUGUCCGUCGUGCGACCGCCGCGUUACGAUCGCGCCGCUGUGUUCAUCUUAUCCAGGUCAGGCGAAGUGGUGGAAAUGCUUGACGUGAAGGGAGUCGGCCUUGUUCCACCAAAUCCGCCCAUCAGUCAGGCCUACCUAACCGGCGUGUUGCCCAUCUACGAAGCGGUGGCUGAAUUCAUGUGGGCCACGGUAGUGCAGCGCAUACUGGACGAGAGUGGCAGCAAUGUGAGGGUGCUUCCGCACUAUGCGGUGAUCGAUCUAGGGUUUGACAUUGUGGUGUAUCCCAACACGACCUGGCUUUCGCCCGCCAAAGGAACUGUUGGGGCGGCCCUGCUGGUCAGAGCGGCACACUGCCGAGAAGGCACACACCGCAUGACGAACAACGAGUCGCUGCUCUUGGAAAAGACAUUUCGUCGCUAUGGUCUCAGCACCUGUGCAGGCCGUUUGUACCGCGGCUCAUGGGCGUGUGCGUUGAACUACCAGGGUAGCACGGACAAACAGCUCCUUGACUUGGCCCCGUUCAAGACCCUGCAGCCUGACCAGUGGGACUGGCCAGUCGUUGUUGAUGAUUGGCAAUCACCAGACCGCGAGAUGUUGGUGGUCGACCUAUCAGGCUACAGGCCAGACGCCCGCCUCAUGGUCAACCGGGACGACUACUACUGGGGACUCUCGGGCGAAGGCUCCACGCGGGCUCACAGGCGUCUCUAUCACUUUACUCUGGCCCUACACAAACGCUGGCAACGAGGAGCUGGUGUGAGUAGAACAGAGCUACUGGCGGAGAUCGAAGGAGCUAUCAUGCAACUGCCGUUUAUGUCAUAA